ACGAUUUCGGUUUAGAUUAAACCGGAAAAGAGAUCGAUUAGAUAGCACUGCAGCAAACAUCAUCCUCUUCGUCGCCGGUUGUGCUUUCAGAUCUCCGCCUAUGAUUGGUUAAUUGGCAAUGGCGUGUUAGUGUAUCACUCGUGCCGCUUGAUUCUUCUCAAAUCUCUCUCCUUCGUCUCCUGUAGAUUCCGAGAAUGGCGCUGAAGCGAGGGCUAUCCGGAGUUAACCGGAUCAGAGGCGGAGGUGGUGGAUCUCGAUCUGCCAUUGUCGUCUCCGUCUUUCUCUGUGUGUUCGCGCCUCUCGUCUUCUUCUUCUUCGUUGGACGUGGAGUGUUAUACAUCGAUUCCUCUAACGAUUAUGCAAAUGCUUCUGUGAAGCAGAGUCUUGACUGGAGAGAACGCUUAGCUAUGCAAUCUCUUAGAUCUCUCUUCUCUAAAGAGGUACUAGAUGUUAUCACUGCUAGCACAGCUGAUUUGGGUCCUUUUAGCCUUGAUUCUUUCAAGAAAAACAAUUUGUCACCAUCAUGGCGUGAAGUGGAAGUAGACACUUCCUUUAGAAACCCUCAGCAGAAUCAAACAACAUCAAAACGUGACACUACUUCAAAAGGUGGUAGCCAUCAGAAAGUUGAGACACCUGAAAAGUUAUACAGAAGGCAACUAAGAGAGAAAAGACGUGAGAGGCGAGCAAAUGAGUUAGUCCAACACCACAACGACGACACCAUUUUGAAACUCGAAAACGCGGCCAUCGAGCGCUCCAAGUCUGUUGAUUCCGCAGUCCUUGGUAAAUACAGUAUCUGGAGAAGAGAAAACGAGAACGACAACUCUGAUUCGAACAUCCGGUUGAUGAGGGAUCAAGUGAUCAUGGCUAGAGUCUACAGUGGUCUCGCAAAACUGAAGAACAAGACUGAGCUGUUACAAGAACUCCAGGCCCGGAUUAAAGACAGCCAACGUGUUUUGGGUGAAUCAACAACUGAUUCAGAUCUUCCUCGGAGUGCACAUGAUAAACUGAGAGACAUGGGUCAAGUCUUGGCUAAGGCGAAGAUGCAGUUGUAUGACUGCAAGCUGGUUACUGGAAAGCUGAGAGCAAUGCUUCAAACCGCUGAUGAACAAGUCAGGAGCUUAAAGAAGCAGAGUACUUUCUUGGCUCAGUUAGCAGCGAAAACUAUUCCAAAUGCUAUCCAUUGUCUGUCGAUGCGCUUGACCAUCGAUUACUAUCUUCUUUCUCCGGAGAAAAGAAAGUUCCCUCGCAGUGAAAACCUAGAGAACCCUAAUCUUUACCAUUAUGCCUUGUUUUCUGACAACGUGUUGGCUGCAUCAGUGGUUGUGAACUCAGCCAUCAGGAAUGCCAAGGAUCCUUCGAAGCAUGUGUUUCACCUUGUGACGGAUAAACUCAACUUCGGAGCAAUGAACAUGUGGUUCCUCCUAAACCCACCUGGAAAGGCAACCAUACAUGUGGAAAACGUGGAUGAGUUUAAGUGGCUCAACUCAUCAUACUGCCCUGUUCUUCGUCAGCUUGAAUCUGCAGCAAUGAAGGAAUUCUAUUUCAAAGCAGAUCAUCCAACUUCAGGCUCCUCUAAUCUCAAAUACAGAAACCCAAAGUACCUGUCCAUGUUGAAUCACUUGAGAUUCUACCUCCCUGAGGUUUAUCCCAAGCUGAACAAGAUCCUGUUCCUGGACGACGACAUCAUCGUUCAGAAAGACCUGACUCCACUCUGGGAAGUCAACCUGAACGGCAAAGUCAACGGUGCCGUUGAAACCUGCGGGGAGAGUUUCCACAGGUUCGACAAGUAUCUCAACUUCUCGAAUCCUCAUAUAGCGAGGAACUUCAAUCCAAACGCUUGUGGAUGGGCUUAUGGCAUGAACAUGUUCGACCUAAAGGAGUGGAAGAAGAGAGACAUCACUGGUAUCUACCACAAGUGGCAAAACAUGAAUGAGAACAGGACACUGUGGAAGCUAGGGACACUACCACCAGGAUUAAUAACGUUUUACGGACUAACACAUCCUUUGAACAAGGCGUGGCAUGUGCUGGGACUUGGAUAUAACCCGAGUAUAGCAAAGAAAGACAUUGAGAAUGCAGCAGUGGUUCAUUACAAUGGGAACAUGAAACCGUGGUUGGAGUUAGCUAUGUCCAAGUAUCGACCGUAUUGGACAAAGUAUAUCCAGUUUGAUCACCCAUAUCUUCGUAGAUGCAACCUUCAUGAAUAAAUUAAUCAAAUUAAAUCUUUGUUUAGAUGAUUUGAGGUAAUUACUCCUAAUCUUAUGUUGUUCCCCCCAUUGUUUUCCUCUUUAAUUUGCACACAUUGUUAAUUGUUUAUUCAUAUCUUUGUUUAGUAAUUUCUUUUGGUCGGGUUAAAGAACACUUUUUUUUA